GAAAUAUACUCAGUUCAAGUAAAGAAUCAGUUUCAGGGUUCAGGCUAAGGUGUCUUGAUGAUUAGAAUUCAAGCUCCCAGGAGGAGCCUCCAAGGCUAAGGGUGUUGGAUAUAGCAGAAAGUGGAAACUGUACCCAACAUACAGAGAAUGUGGACUGGAUAUAAGAUCUUAAUCUUCUCUUAUUUUACGACAGAAAUUUGGAUGGAGCAGUAUUUAUCUCAAAGAAAAGUUGACUUAGAAGCUUAUUUUGCUAGAAAUCACACCAUGUUGGAAGGUACUCGAUUCAAAAGAGCCAUUUUCCAAGGGCAAUACUGUAGAAAUUUUGGCUGUUGUGAAGACAGAGAUGAUAGCUGUGUCACUCAGUUCUAUGAGGCGAAUGCAUUGUGUUACUGUGAUAAAUUCUGUGAAAGAGAAAAUGCUGAUUGCUGUCCUGAUUACAAGUCCUUUUGCCGUGAAGAGAAAGAAUGGCCUUCUCACACACCGUCUUGGUAUCCAGAAGGUUGCUUCAGAGAUGGUCAACAUCAUGAAGAAGGAUCAGUCAUUAAAGAAAACUGCAAUUCCUGCACGUGCUCCGGACAGCAGUGGAAAUGUUCCCAGCACAUAUGCCUUGUUCGUCCAGAAUUAAUUGAAAAUGUCAAUAAAGGAGACUAUGGAUGGACAGCACAGAACUAUAGCCAGUUUUGGGGAAUGACUUUAGAAGAUGGUUUCAAAUUUCGCCUUGGUACCUUGCCACCUAGCCCUCUGCUUCUGAGCAUGAAUGAAGUGACCGCUUCCUUACCUGAAACAACUAAUCUUCCAGAAUUUUUUGUUGCUUCUUAUAAGUGGCCUGGAUGGACUCAUGGUCCGCUGGAUCAAAAAAAUUGUGCUGCAUCGUGGGCAUUUUCCACUGCAAGUGUGGCAGCUGACCGAAUAGCAAUUCAGUCUAAGGGUCGAUACACAGCUAAUCUGUCCCCUCAGAAUUUGAUCUCUUGCUGUGCCAAGAAUCGUCACGGAUGCAACAGUGGAAGCAUCGAUAGGGCUUGGUGGUACCUGAGAAAACGUGGAUUGGUAUCCCAUGCAUGCUACCCACUUUUCAAGGACCAAAAUGCUACCAAUAAUGGAUGUGCCAUGGCAAGUAGGUCUGAUGGGCGGGGAAAACGGCAUGCCACAAAGCCAUGUCCCAACAACAUAGAGAAAUCCAACAGAAUCUACCAGUGUUCACCUCCAUACAGAGUCUCUUCCAAUGAAACUGAGAUAAUGAAAGAAAUCAUGCAAAAUGGGCCAGUUCAAGCCAUAAUGCAAGUCCAUGAGGAUUUCUUCCAUUAUAAGUCAGGGAUAUAUAGACAUGUUACCAGCACACAUGAAGAAUCAGAAAACUAUCAAAAGCUUCGGACACAUGCAGUCAAACUCAUUGGAUGGGGCACACUGAGAGGAGCACGAGGGCGUAAAGAAAAAUUUUGGAUCGCUGCCAAUUCCUGGGGAAAGUCAUGGGGAGAAAAUGGCUAUUUCAGGAUUCUUCGGGGAGUAAAUGAGUCUGACAUUGAAAAGCUGAUUAUUGCAGCUUGGGGCCAACUGACAAGUUCAGAUGAACCAUAACAUGUCAUUAAAUUUCCCUAAGACGAUUCAUUUAAGUAAGGCUUUACAUUGAAGUUUGGCAAGGUGAAAUUCUUUGUGACAUUGGAGUCUUUGUCUCAUUACUCUGUUAAUAAAAUGCACCUAUUCUCUUGUUGCGCCCCAGUCUCCAUGCUUCUUCUCUUUUUAUAUUCCUUUCUAUGAAAACAC